AAUACUCCCAACUGGACUGCCAGCGAGCGGCUGCUACUUUGAGAACGAGCGACGCGUUCCUGCGUACGGGUUCCGUCGACGUUUCCAAAACCCCGCCGUUUCCGCGUACAGUUUUCCUAAUCUUUACGAACAUUAAACAACGCGCGAGACGUGAUCGUAUUUAGGAAGCGGGCUCUUCUCAGUUACAAGCUGCAUUCGCUUUCGUGCAAUAACCAGUUUCCGGUUUUAAUUUACAUUCGCGAUUUAUUGAACCGAAUACGAAUAUCAUCCCCGAAAUUAUAUUCAGGUGAACAACGCGUGUCGCCGGAAUCGCUUCUGCAGUACGAUCCCAUCCCUCGAUCGGGACGAGUCGAUCCGAUUUCGAAUUCGAUUUCGAACUACAUAUAUUCCAAAUUGACAAACGUCGAAGAUCGGGUAAAAUAUAUAACGCGAAGUGUUUCCAAUUCGUCGUCGCGUUCACGUAUACGUGCAGCAUGAUAAUAUAUACUUUUGUUAAACACAGUGCGGUAUAAUCACAUCGAUAUAUACGUCGAAGGCGUCAAUUGGGUGAUUGUUCGGACUUUUUUUUAAACCAGCCAAGUUUUCGACACGACCAGUGAACUCUAUACGCCAGGCAUUCGUAGAUAUGAUCGUUAAUAUCGAGUGACAGUGCAGACAAUUUUCGGAGUAACAAGCAUACAGUGACAACGACGUGUUCAGAUAUAAAUAUAAAUUGCAGUGCGUACCCACGGGGUCUUCAAAAUUACACCUAGGCUUAUCUCAGUUUGUGGAAUUUAAACGUCAAAAUCAUAAUCUGCACCUACGAUAAUCAUUGCACACGGUGUGCAGCCCACUUGUUCCAGUUGCACAAAUGUUACGAGAACUCGUGUGAAUCGUCAUCCCCCCGAUCCUGAGGCGAUCGCGGUGCCGCGGGGACGCGAAUAAAUAUGAUGUCACGUAUCCGUCAAAACUGAGAUAUAUAAACUGACGAAAAAAUAAAAACAAAAAAAAACUUUGUAUAAUUCUAUUGUGUAUAUGUGAUGUAUACGUACGUGUCGUAUCAACUACCAACCGACAUGCAGUAAUCAGAUAGAAGUGUAGCGCGAAGGUAUAAUCGACAGGUAGAAAAAAAAAGAAAAGAGAAACGAAUAAUACUUCGAAACUGUCGAGUGUCGAGAGGAUUUUCACAGUUCGUCGUAGUACAACCUAAUCGGAAGUACGUCGGAGCGGAGUGUGUCGCACAACCCAUGGACCACGGAGCGAUGGACAGUUCCUCUGAACACAGCAGUCGCGCCAGCCCAGUCACUGGUAGCCCUAAGCAUCCAGCGCACAGUCCAUCGAAUCAGAGUAGUCAACCUCAACAGCAGCACCACGGUUCCCAGCAGCAUCAGGCCCCGCAGUCCCACCAGCAAUCGCAUCCGAGGGAUCAGAUCCGCGAGCAAAUACGCGAGCAGCAACAACAGCAGCAGCAGCAACAACAAAAUCAGCACAGAGGUGUACCGACCCCGGGGUCACCCACGAGAGGAUCGCCUCCUCAGGGAAUACCGUUGAGUCCGCCUCCCUUGUCGGCUGGAGGAGGUCCGGGAGCUCCUCCGGGAAUGGUUCCUCGAAUGCCGGGAUUACCACCGCCGGGCCUGGGACUCCUGGGUCAGCUGGGAGGAAUGCUCGGUGGACAUCACGGAUCGCCGCUCGAACUAAUGGCCGCACAUCACGCGGUACUGCCGCCCAGAUCCUACAACAGUCCACCCCCGAUAAGCUCGAGCGAUCCGACCGCGAACGAGUGCAAAUUGGUGGAUUACAGGGGGCAGAAAGUAGCCGCGUUCAUCAUCGGAGGCGACACGAUGCUCUGUCUCCCGCAAGCCUUCGAAUUAUUCCUGAAACAUCUCGUCGGCGGACUCCACACGGUUUACACUAAGCUCAAGAGGCUCGAUAUCGUACCCCUUGUUUGCAACGUCGAACAAGUAAGGAUCCUACGUGGACUCGGAGCUAUCCAACCCGGCGUUAAUCGCUGCAAACUACUCAGCUGCAAGGACUUCGACGUGCUGUACAGGGACUGCACCACCGCCAGAUGUCUCACAAUGAAAGCGACAGACAGCUCCAGGCCCGGGAGACCCCCGAAAAGAGCCUCCGUCGGCCUCAGCCUUGCCGCGAGUCAUCUAGCCGCAGCAGCGGGACAUCAUCCGCAUCAUCCCCUCAAGAAACACCGAAUGGACAACGGCGACUACUACGAAAACGGCCAUCUAGACGUACCGAGAAUGGAGAAAUCCCCGCUCCUCGCCAACGGUUACAACCACCCGCCGACGCACUUGAGUCACAUGCAGUUCAUGCAACUCGGAGGACACCCUGGCGCCGGACACACGGCGAUUCUGUCGCCCGCCAGUCUGCCCCACCACCUACAAGCGCAGGCCAGAGCCGAACAAGGCCUCAAGGUCAACCCCAACAUGUCCAACAUGGAAGCUAUCGCAAGAACCGGUAUAUGGGAGAAUUGCAGAGCAGCUUACGAGGACAUAGUCAAGCACCUGGAAAGACUGAGAGAAGAACGAGGAGACGCGGAUCGAGCUUUGGCACUGGACCAUAAACCCCGUGACCUGAGUUCUCACAACGGAUCGUCGAACGGACACAGUCCGGUUUUAAAUUUAUCCAAAACAGCCGGCAGUGGAAGCGUCGGUGAACAUUCGGGCAGCGAAGCUGGCGCCUCUCAUCGAUCUCAAGAUGACGAGGACGACGAGGACAACCAUUCCGAAGACCUGGACGACGAUAACGACAAGGACGACGAUCUUUCGGACGUACCGGAGAAUCUACCACUACCAGCUCCGGGUUCGGAAAGUCCGCAAGCUCUAAAUUAUUCUCAAAUAGCAUCGGCGGCAGUCGCGGUGUCGCAGGGUGGGCAUCAGGACCCCUCGGUAUCGAGCACCGAGACACUUUUAAGGAACAUCCAAGGCCUCCUAGAGGUCGCGGCGGACAAUGCACGGCGGCAGGAGCGCAAGAUCAACCACGAGAAAGCCGAACUUAGGAUGGACGUGCUCAGGGAGAAGGAAGUCAAAGACAGUCUGGAGAGGCAGUUACAGGAUGAGCAGAAGAUCCGAGUGACGUACCAAAAACGGUUGAAAAAGGAACGCAGGGCGAGGAAACAGCUUCAGGAUCAACUCGACCUUGAGAUGAAACGACGCGCUCAACUCGAGGAGGCCCUCAAGGCCACGGGGGCAUCGACGGAACAAGUCAGGGCCCUCACAGACAACAUAUCGACGGAAGCACGCACAAUGGCGGAACCCCCCGAAGAGAGUCCGGUUCAUUCUCAACCCCAACAACAGCAACAGCAACAGUCGCAACAACAGGCGAGUCAGCCGUCGCAACAGUACCGGGAUUCCCAAGCGCCACGUCCUCCUCAACAACCUCCUACGCCCGAAAAACCCGGGUGGGGGUACAGCGGGAUCGACCUUAUCGGAAGUCAGGCUACGGCGUUUUGGCAAAACUACCAAGAAUCCCUCGCCCAGGAGUUGGAACUUGAGAGGAAAUCCCGACAGCAUCAGGGUGGCGAACGAGACCAAGUCAAAUCUCCUCUACAAGAGUCCCGAACGGGGUACUACAAGAAUUCAGUUCUCUUCACGAGUGCGACUUAAAAGAGAAUUUCCUCGACGGAAAAAAUAAAAAUAAAUUAAUUAAUUAAUUAAUUAACGAAUAAAAUAAAACAAUUAAACAAACAGACAAAAUAACUGAAUAACGGCGGAAGUAUAGUAUAUAACGCGUCGUUAUGUGUAAUACUGCAUAUACGAUAAAAUUGAAAAAAUCAAAUCAACAUCGCGGGAGACACGAAUCCCGCGCGCACUUUUCGUAUAUAAAAAGUUACCGUAAUAUUUGCAUCUAGAGUAACGAUGAUAAAUUAAAUAAGUAAAAUUUGAAGAAGAAAAAAAUUCUGAAGAUUCUCGCGAGUGUGUUGCAUUUUCUCCAUAUCGGCUAUAUUAUAAAAUAUAAUAUACAUAAAUAGGUAUAUACAUAUAGAACUAUUGUAAACGCGAAUGAUUCAUUGUUUUAUACACACAUGCGUAUGGGUAUAUGCAAAAAGCAAGAAGAAAAAUAAAAAAAACAAUUACAGAACAAAAGUGGGGACGUUUUUUUAACGGUAAACAACAUGUAUACAUAAAUUUACAUAAAAUUCAUCCACCCCCACCUACCCCACCCACACACACGAGCACACACACACCCACAGAUACACGGACACGUAUAAAUAUAUAAAUAAAUAAAUUAAAUGGAAUAAGUAAUUAUUAUAUAAAAAAAAUUAUAUAAAAAUGACACAACGUGGGGCGAACGAUCGAUCGGCAUCAUCGAGUAUAUAAUGAACAUAUAAUAAUAGUGAUAAUACGAACGAUAAUAACAACAAGAAGAUUAAUAAUGAUAAUAUUAAUAAUAAUGACAAUGACGACGAAGUUCCACGAAGAACAAUAAUAAUUGAACGUUCAUAUACCUACGUUACAUAUAAUGCAUAUACUAUACACAUCCGUAUGAAUAAUAAUGUAAAAUUCGAAUAUCUCGCGAAGCUGCAGCUCUUCAUCGUAUACUUAGGUAUAUGUAAUAACAUAUAGUAUGUAACGAGUACCUAUACACAGAUAUAUGAAGAUAGAUAAAUAAAUUGUAAGUUGUGUAUCCUAUAGAAGAGUCGUAUAUAUAUAUAUAAUAAUAAUAACCGAUUUAAAAUCGGUUCAAAGGAGGUGUACAAUAGCGUUUAAAUAAAUUUAAAUCGAAUCAAGAAGAAAGCAAGGAGAAAAGAAGAACAAAAAAUAAUUGAACAAAAGGAGGAAAAAACCACAUAUAUAUAUAUAUAAUAUACAUAAAAUAAAUUUCAAGUCAUCAAACGACAAUUCACGUAGGUAAUUAUAUAAUUAUAUAUAAUAUUACACUAUCCGUAAUAGGUAUAUAUUUACCUAGAAAUCGGUACAUAUAGGUAUAUAAGUUAUAUAUCCAACGCAUACAUCACCGCAUUUUCUCAUCAUUAUUACGAUCAUUAUUAAUAUUGUUAUUACUAUCAUUACCGUCAUCGCAUUAUCAUCCCAUAUCCUCGUCAUUUUACACAUUUCAUUCUAUAGAAAAAAAAAAACUCAAAUAUAUUGUUGUUCUUUUCAUCAGAUCUGAUUAACGCGUGUCGCGUUUAUGAAAUUGGUUUAUAUAUAUAAUAAAUAAAGUGAUGAAACUAUAAAUAAUGAUGAUGAUUAUUCUUAUUAUUAUUAUUAUUAUUAAUAAUAUUAUCACCGUGACACACGCGUGUGUAUGAUAACUUCGAGGGAUGUACGGUGAAAGUGAUUUAUAAUUCAAUCUUUACCACACGUAUUAUUUGUAAGUUAGAAUGCGUCGCAUAUAUGUAUAAAUAUUCAUAUAACACAUAACAUACCCUGGUCACAUAUCAGCGUUGUAAAAUCGCAUCGUCAUUUCGAUUUAGGAAAAAAAAAAUUUCCCCCCUAUUUCGUUCUUUUUUUCGGUUCGAUCUCCAUUCUUUUUUAUAGUCGAUACAUGUAUAUUAUAUAGUAUAAAAUACGGAUGACUAUUAUUAACGUUAUUAUCAUUAUUAGAAAUAAUUAGGUAUUAUCAUCAUCGGUACGUUAUGUUGUGUAUCAUAAUUACAUUAUAUGUAUAGGAAGCGAUCGGAAUUAUAUGAAUUUUCAAACUGUGAAUCAUUUGAUUGUAAUAGAAAAAAUAACGAGAACGGGGAAUCUUCUUUCUUUUAAAAUAACAAAAAUUAAGCGUAUAAUAUUUUACAUGUAUGUAUAAAAAGACUGCUUGAGAUUGUGCGCGAGCGUUCCUAUAGAAAUGCAAACUAUGUACAUAUGCUAUUAUUAUUAUUAUUUUUAUUAUUAUUACGACUGUCAUUUGGAAGAACAACGUCGGGGUAAAGAUUUGAAUUUUUGCUUUCCGGUUACUUCGUUUUUAACCUGACUUGUUUUUUUUUUCCUUCUAAUAAAGUCAAGAAUUAUUCUGUCAAAGUGGUCAUUACACUACGUGUUAUACGAAUCUGAUAAUCUUCAAUGAGAUUACGUUAGUAAAAAUGACAAGAGGAUCGAUCCGCGGGCAGCGAAGAGGAGGGGCAUCGAGGGUGGGUUAUAUAGUUGCUAUUGAAUAGUGAGGGUUUGUGCGUAUGAGCCACGAAAAGAAAAAGGAAAAGAAGGAGUGGAAAAAGUUUUAGGUAAUUAAGUAGGACUGUUAUUAUGGUAGUGUUUAGAAAAUUUCUUUUGUUUCAUCAUUGCUAUUAUUAUUAUUAUUAUUAUGAUAAUCAUUACUUUCAUUAUUAUAUAUAAAUGGUUGAUUCGAAACCUGAUCGUUCUCGCUAAUCAAAUAUCAUCGGGAUCAUUGUAUAAUAAUAUGAGUUAAUUAAUCCCCAGCGUCGGAAAGCCAAAGAUUAUAUAUCGUCCUGUCAUCAUUUUUAUAGUGUGCCGUACAUGAGAAAUCGAAAAAGGAAAGGAGUGUAUAGUGACUAUAGGUAGUAGAUAAGAUUGCAAAAUUUUUAAACUUUCGGAUUCGAUAAUUAUGAAGAACAAGAAAAUAGGAUCGAUCGUCAUCUGCCGAUAAUAUCAACGCUGUAUUACAGAUCGGGAAAGCUCGGCUACUUCUAGUUGUUUUAUUUUUCGAAACGUUUUCUUAUUUUUUUUUUUUUUGGUUUUUCUCUUUCAGGGAAUGCGCGUAACGUGAAUUUAUCGCGAACGGAUACGGAGGUGAUACAAAUUUGAAGCGAAUGAGGAAAAAAGACAGAGAAAUUGACAAAAAAGAGAACUUUAUAAAGAAAUUAAAUGAAAUGAAAAUUAUAUGAUGUAAAAUUAAAUGAAAUUAAAUGACUGGUAUGAAAAUCGAAAAAAGGCGGAACCCGAUACCGAUCCCAGCUGCACUGUAUUAUAUAUGUAUAAACGUAUAAUAUACAUAUAAAACGAAAGUUUUCAACAAUUAUUAACCUCAAAGUUUUUAUUUAUACCGUAUAUUACAGUUAUCCUAUUAAAAAUAAUUGCGUACGUGGGACGCCUCGCGCGCGUUUCGUUUACGCGUUUUAUUAUAUUAUUUUCUUAAUUUUAUUCUUAUUAUUAAAAUGAAGAAAACAAAAAAGAACAAAAAUGAAACACGACGUUUCGCUGCUGCAGCUGAUGUGCAUCGUAUGCAGUUUGGUGUGUUACAAUAUUACCUACAUUAUCAUUAUUGUUAUUAUUAUCGUAACGAACAUUAUUAUAAUAUAUUUUUAACGAUAUUUCGCCAAAUUCGCACAGAUGCAUUAUAUUACAAUUAUUAAUGACAUACUUAUGAAUAAAAUAAAAUAGAAAAAGAUGAAGAAUUCAACUCCGAACGAAACGAUAAUUCAAUACGUUAUUUGCAAAGAUAUUAGGUUUUUUCAAGUAUCACGUACACAUAAUUAUAAAUAUCGUAUCGCGAUCUGCUGCAAAAUCGUCGCGCUGAGUUAUUCCACGUACCAGAGCCGAAGGGAAAGAAUUAAAAAUUGAACAAAGGAGAAAAAAAAAACAGAAAAACAACAAAAUCAUGUACAAAGAUUAUCCUGUAAGUUUUUUUUGUGUUGUAUAAAAAUCACAUAAUCAUAGCGAUUAGUUGUAAUAAAUUACUAAUAAAAAAAAAAAAAA